AUGCCGCCACCCUCCCAAAAAGCCCCUGGUCAAGCAACCAUCAGCGCAUUCUUCAAGCCCAAGCCCGGCCAAUCCUCCCCUUCAAGCUCCACUGGAAUCGCCAAAGCAUCACAACCAGAUCCCAUCAACACCAGAAACGGCCACUCAUCCCGCGGACCCACCUUCCCUGACGCUGCUUUCACCUCCAGCUUCGAACCUCCACAUAAGCGUUUUCGCCUCAACGAUAAGGAUGAUCGACCGAGACGAGAAACAAUCGAUCGUAUGGGAAAGUGGAAAUUCGCCCCCGUCAAGCCCUCGGAUAGUCAAGAAGCAGUUGUAGAGGGAGAGGCGACGCAAAGUGAGAACGGACAAUCGCAAAAGGAAGGUGCGAGGAAGGAGGCGUUCAGGAAGAAGCUGAUAGGGAGCAACUUUGCGAUUGACAGGCAUGCUAGAAAUCAGAUGCAAAUCGAGGAGAUGGCUUCUCGCGAUACUUUCUCGCCACGUAAGAGGGCCACGACUGAUGCAAACGAUGACGACGAAGCCAUCGUUAUCGAUGAUGAUGAUGGUGGUGGAGAGGAAGCAGGCGACAGUGAAGGCAACUCCACUACGAACCGAUUCGGCAAGUUCGCCUCCACCACAACCACCUCCUCAUCUUGGCGAGGAAGUAAGUUAAAGGGCAAGGGUAAAGCCACCGCCGACACCGACGCCGUCCUGACCUACACUCCACUCGAAAAGCAAAUCCUCGAACUCAAAUCUCUUCAUCCUGGAGUGCUGCUCAUCAUCGAAGUUGGCUACAAACUCAAGUUUUACGGCGAAGACGCCCGUAUCGCAUCCAAAGAACUCAACAUCAUGUGUUUUCCCGAACGCAAUCUUCUCACCGCCAUGAUUCCCGUCCAUCGCUUGCAUAUUCAUGUCAAAAAACUUAUCUCAGCAGGGCACAAAGUUGGGGUGGUGCGACAGAUUGAAACCCGCGCACUCAAAGCCGCGUCCAAGAAUGCCUACACUCCCUUCGUGCGCAAGUUGACUGCGUUGUAUACCGCUGGUACGUGGAUUGACGAUCUUGCAAGCUCGGACGAUAUGGGAGCGGGUUUGGGGAUCGGGGAGGGAUACACCAACCAGCCGAAAUCGUUGAUGGCGAUUGUGGAGCAGAGUGAGGGGGGUAAUGGUGCCGAGGAUAGGGUUUCGAUCGGAUUGGUGAGUGUUGAAGUGAACACGGGGUUUCUAACGUAUGAUCAGUUCUCGGAUGGUCAUGCGAGGAGUGAGUUGGAGACUAGAAUUGCGCAUUUGGCGCCAGCCGAGGUUUUGGUGGGGAAAGGGUUGAGUAAGCCUACGGAGAAGAUCAUUGGGUUUUUGUUAGGGAGUGGUGCGGAAGAGGGGGGAGGGGUGAGGAUUGAGAGGAUGGAAUCGAAGCCGGAUUACAAUAUGGCGUUUCAGGCCGUUACGCAGUUUUAUAGGGAUAGAGGGAUCGAUACCGAGGAUGAGGUUCGCGAGAAUGACACUCCUAGCGCCGCAAGUCCCGCAGAUGGAGCUGGUGAUGGGAAUGGAAAAGCUUCACCAUUCAUGUCCCUCAUCCUCACCCUUCCCCAUUUAUCGCUCAUCGCUCUAUCCCAAAUCAUCACUCACCUGCAAGCCUUUCAGCUGGAAUCAAUCUGCACACUCUCGACCAAUUUCGCCUCGUUCUCUUCCCGGACUACGAUGCUUCUCAAUGCGUCAACACUUGCCAACCUCGAAAUCUUCCGCACUUCUGACGAACAAAGCGAAAAAGGAUCCCUCAUUUGGCUCCUCGACAAGUGUAAAACUGCGAUGGGCCGUCGGUUGUUGCGCAAGUGGGUGUCCAGACCUCUCACAGAUAUUAGUGCUCUAGAGGAGAGACUGGAUGCGGUGCAAGCGUUGGUUGAGGGGAAAAGCUACGUUCUUCGCUCGCUCCCAAACCUGUUGCAUGGCUUGCCUGACUUGGAGAGAGGGUUAGCGAGAAUGACGUACGGCCGAGCAACGCCCACUGAGCUAGCUACCGUACUGUUAGGGUUGAACCGUGUCACGCAGGAAUAUCGACCAGAAGAAGACGAAGCCUGGAACCUCUCAUCCACCCUCCUACACCAUCAUAUCCUCUCGCUAACUCAAGGCAAGGCAGCAGUCGAAAAAUAUAUCAACCAGAUAUCCAUAAAAGAAGCCCGGGCGAACAACAAACCUGACCUAUUCCCUGACCCGGAUCUCUACCCAGCCAUCCAAGCAGCAAAAGACAACAUCGCCAUAAUCGAAGGCGAACUCCGGGAGCACCUUCGCGAAAUCCGAAAAGUGUUGCAUCGACCCAGUUUGGAAUUCGUAACUGUAGCAGGGGUAGAUUAUCUAGUGGAAGUGAGAGUGGCAGAUGCGAAAAAGGUACCGGCGGAAUGGUUAAGGGUUAGUGCAACGAAGAGUAUGGUUCGGUUUCAUACGCCUCAGGUUUUGCAGAUGGUGAAAAGGAGGGGUCAGUGGAAGGAAACUUUGGAUGCGGAGGCGGAUUUGGCGUUUAAGGGGUUUAUCAAGGGGAUGUGUGGACAGGAGUAUGUGGUGUUAAGGAAUGUGGUGAAUUCGCUCUCUGUGUUGGAUGUGCUGGUUUCGCUUGCGCAAUUAGCGGCGAGUUCUGGGUAUUCUAGGCCGAAGUUUAGUCAGGAUAGCAAGGGGGAGGAAGAGGAGGAGCCGAAGAUCGAGGUCAGCGGCAUGCGCCAUCCAAUUCUAGAGGUGGUUUCACCUCUGCCGUAUAUUCCGAACGAUCUCACCCUUUCAUCGGCGGACCCAAAUUCAAGGGCGAUGUUGUUGACGGGGUGUAAUAUGGGCGGAAAAUCAUCUAUAGUCCGUACCCUUGGUCUUCUCGUUAUCCUAGCUCAAAUCGGAUCUUUCGUCGCAGCGACCUCAGCAAGGCUCUCUAUUCACGAUUCGGUGUUCGUUCGGAUGGGAGCUAGAGAUUCUCCGUUUAGCGGGAAAAGUACGUUUAUGAUCGAGGUUAGUGAAACUGCCGAGAUUCUGCGCAGUAUCACUCCUCGUAGCCUAGUGAUCCUGGACGAACUCGGGAGAGGAACUAGCACGUACGAUGGCUUAUGCAUCGCUUCUGGAGUUCUCGAGUACUUGCUCGGGUUGGACAAGAGGAUGCCAAACGUUGUGUUCAUCAGUCACUACUUCCAGCUAGGAGAACUCGAGGGCAAGUGGAAAGGGAAGGUGGGGAAUUGGCACAUGGGUUUCCUCGAAACCAGUACCACCGAUUUCGAAGAUUUUGAUGGACUAAGUGACGACGAACCAGCCGCCUCAGGCAAGAGUGGGGGAGUGGGAGGAGGAGGAGGAGGGAAAGGGCAGAUCGAGUUCCUGUAUAAGUUGAGAAGAGGGAUUGCUAGUAAAAGUUUUGGAAUCCAUUGUGCCAGGUUGGCUGAUUUGCCGAGAGUCAUCCUUGACAGUGCAAGCCGAAUUUCGGCUGAGCUGGAGCGCAAACAUUACAAGCUCAAGCGGGGGAGGGAGAGAAGAGCGGUGCUGAAGUCAGUCUUUCGGCCGCGGGUUGAUGAAUUGGACGAGGCGAGUUUGGAGGUUGUCAGGAGUGCAAGCUCGACUCUUGUCUAA